UUUGUCGGUUCGCCAGCUGCUACUGCAAGCCAACAACACACACACACACACACACAAAAUGACGGAGGAAGUGCCUGCCAGAGGCAGCAUAUUGGGCAAGCUUGUGCCCGCUCGCUAUGUGCUGGCGCUGCUGGGUUCCAUUGGCAUGGCCAUUGUCUAUGGCCUCAAGGUGAAUCUCAGUGUGGCAAUGGUUGCCAUGGUGAAUCACACGGCCAUCAAGGAACUGAAUGAGUUACAGCAUGGCAGUGGACCCGUAACCCUAUUUAAUGGCACAAAGGAUGCUGCGAGUGCAGUGGAGACCUGCUCACCGCCCGGUGGCGCAACCAAUGUCACGGCCAAGGUGGAGGAUGGACCAUUUACAUGGAGUGAGCCUUUGCAGGGCACUUUGCUGUCCUGCUACUUCUGGGGCUAUCUGGUGUCGCAGAUUCCGCUGGCCCAUGUGGCUGAGAACUUCUCGGCCAAGUGGGUGAUGCUCUUCUCGGUGGCCAUCAAUGUGGUGUGCACCCUGCUGACGCCUGUCUUCACCAAUCUCCAUUACGGUGGCCUGAUCCUGAUGCGUGUGCUCGAGGGCAUUGGCGGUGGAGCCUCCUUCCCGGCCAUGCAUGUGAUGAUUGCCUCGUGGGCGCCACCCAGCGAGCGCAUGGUCAUGUCCACGAUCAUCUAUGUGGGUACAUCUGCGGGCACAGCAUUGUCCAUUCUGCUCGCCGGCAUGCUGUCCGCCCAGUGGGGCUGGAAGUCUGUGUUCUAUGUCAUGGGUCUGCUCAGCUGCAUCUGGAUGCUGCUGUGGACUGUCCUGGUGCAGGACAAUCCCAAUAAGCAGCGCUUCAUCAGCGCCGAGGAGCGUCUGAUGAUCACCAGCUCGCUGGGCACCGAGCAGAAGGUCGAACAUCAUCCAGCCGUGCCAUGGGGCAAGGUCUUCAAGUCGAUUCCGUUCUGGGCCAUUCUCAUUGCCCACACGUGCAACAACUUUGGCUGGUACAUGUUCCUCAUCGAAAUCCCAUUCUACAUGAAGCAGGUGCUCAAAUUCAAUGUGGCCAGCAAUGCGGCGCUCAGCGCCCUUCCCUACUUCCCCAUGAUCAUCUUCAGUAUUGUUCUCGGCAAGCUCUUGGACACCCUCCAGUCGAAGGGUAAAAUUAGCACCACCUUUGCCCGCAAGACGGCCACCUCCAUUUGCACGAUCGUUCCGGGUAUUUGUCUGCUGAUCUUGUGCUACAUUGGCUGCCUUCACUAUGAAGCCGUCACCGUUAUGUCCGUGGGCAUUGUGGCCAUGGGCGCCAUGUUCUCCGGAUUCCUCUCCAAUCACAUCGAUAUUGCGCCCAACUUUGCUGGCACUCUGGUGGCUCUAACCAACACGGCGGCCACUCUGCCGGGCAUUAUAGUGCCCCUCUUCGUUGGCUUCGUCACCCAUGGCAACCAAAACAUUUCCGCCUGGCGCAUCAUCUUUGGUGUGACAAUUGUCCUUUUCGCCCUGGAGUUCCUGGUCUUUGUCAUAUUUGGAUCUGGCAGUGAGCAGCCGUGGAACAAGUCUGGAUCGCCCAAGGAUCCAGAGGCCAAGGAUGAGAAGACCCCAUUGAAGGACAUACCCGCCAAGCCCUAAGUCCUCGAGAGGCUAUUAGAGCGGAAUCGCGUUUCUAGCAUGGAUUGCAAUCUACUCAGAUGACUUUUGAACAGAGCCAAGCACCGAGGCACCGAAUGAAUUGGUCACCCUGGACUGUAUAUACCAAUCACAAAUUAUAGAUUUUAGUUUGCUGUAUCCCUAAGUAUCUCUUACAUACAUAUGCCUCAGAGAUGAAACAACACUUUCAGCCCGCCUAUUGUACUUAACACGCAUAUAUUCAAAAGUUAUCUACAAAUAAAAGCGAUGUCGUAGUGAAA